AUGGGCAGCUACGAGGGAGCAUUCAACUCCAGCGUGCUGGAGCUCGUCGCUCCGCAGGAGUCCGUUGGGUUUCCCAGUGGAUACGGCGAGAAGGAGGCUGCAGAAUGGCUAGCCCGUCUUCAUGAAGAGGGUUCGGACAGGAAGGUGGCAUUCUUUGACGAAAAUCUUGCCCUGAUUCUGACCAUCCGUUUCCCGCACGACUCCUUCGAGGACGCUUCCCAGGCAAAUGCAGCGGCGAAGCCAGACCCUCCCCUGCAACUUCUUUCCUUCCUCGCGCAUCUCCAAGUCUCCUACGAAGCGUCUUACAUCUCUCCCACCGCCCCUGCCGCGCUCUCUGCAACUGCACCAGAGAUCGCGCGACCACCUGUUCCCCCCCGCACAACGUCCAUGGGUAAGAACAAGCCUGCGCUCCUGCAGGCGAAGCAGCACCCCUCCAUUUUUCCGCCGAACACUCCGCUGCCUAUCCCUGCUGCUGCCAAGUCCGACCGUAAGUACGUUCAAGCACAGGGCAUGCUUCUCGCAUCAGGCGUAUGGGGCGAGGAUUUGCUCGGGAACAACCCGUCGGCCAACUCGCAAGAUGCCUUUGCCCUCCUGUGGGCACCGGAGACGCAGGAGUGGGUAGCUGUGUAUAGGCUGUCGGUGCUCGUCUCGUUUAUGGCGACCAAGAUACCGGAUCCACUGCUCUGUCUGACGGUGUCGGCGACGCUGCGCGAGAAACCGCUCGCCAUGACCCCCUCACGUCAUGCCCUUGCCGCUUUGAUCGACACUGUAGGCGGGCUGCCGAACGUACUCGGCCAGGUCAUGUCGCCCUCGAAGGCCAACGGUCCGGACACUGAGGGGAAUACUGAGGAUGACGGUGACGACGUGCACCUGUAUGGGCUGGAAGAAAUCAAUCUCCUCGAAAACCUCAAUUUGGACCCGACCUUCGCCUCCUCGAACCUCUCGCUCCCGUCCACGCGUCUCGGGCCCAAUACUCGCGUUUCCGCAUUCUCACUUCCACCGAAGUCGCUCCCUCCCAUUGUGGAUACGACCUCUCCCUCGACCCCGACCGCCUCGCGCCCACUCACACAUGCGACGCUUCGCAAGUCGUUCCGCAAGACGAUGGCGACCGCAUCGGGGUUCCGCGUGCGGAUGCGCACCGUGUUCGUACCGUACUUCCUGCUCCCCAAGACGAGCAAACCUCCGCGCGAUGGCGGCGGUGUGGAGGACGACGUCGAUAGUGACCCAGAUGCGCUCCAGGCACGCGACCAGCGGGAGGCGGGGAACGAAGAACACACAGUCGUGCUCAGCGUGGAGAUCGAGAACGCGUACACGGACGAGCUCAGAGGCUCAUCUGCAUCCCCGCCGUACAACUUCGCCGUCGAAGACGUGGUCGUCAAGAUCGGCGGUUCGGGUGCGCGGACGGUGCUCGUGCCGUGGGGAACGGAGGACCCCGCGGACAUCUUCCCGAUACACAUCGCGCCUUCGGAACAGGUGAAUCUUCUCUACGCCGUCUCGUUCCUGCGUGGUCCAGAGGUCGACGAGUUUUCGCUCGCUGGGACCUCGGCGAAGUCGGAUCCUGUCGCGGCUGCGAUGUCGGAGAAGGAGCUACAGCGGUCGGUGACGAUCAAUAUCCACGGCCGUCCAUUCGAACGGGUAAAAGGGCAUCCAGAGGAAGAGACCGAGUCGCAAGAACAAGAGGUGCUGUCGUACCCUACCCGUGUAUAUCCCUCCCGCUGGAACUGUGUUCUCGACCUUGCCUCCCGUCCCCCACCCAUGCCUCCAGGGACGGAGACGCCCCACCACUCCGUGCUGCCCACACCCGCUUCCCCCUUCCCUUCGAUGCCAACCCCCACACCCGGCCAACCCGGCCUAUCUAUUAAUCGCUCAAACGUUCUCCAAGUGGGCUCAGCGGGCAGCUCACGUUCGUCCACCCCCGCCGUCGCAGGCAACAAGCGCUUCGCCAGCGCCUUCGACACACCCCAGACAGCGCUGGACGCGCGCGCCCAGUCAUACGCACGCAUGCCGCGCUCGCCCAUCAACUACCAAGGCGCGACCGCGAUGCUCAACCCCGCGAACCAGCCGCAAACCUCGCCCCAGCAGCAGCAGACGCAGGGAACGCCGACCCUCACGAACCCCUUCGACCGCCGCACGUCCUACCUCCCGCCCUCCAUCACCUUCGAGUCCACCUACGCCCGCUCACCGACGACCUACAACGCUCCGCAGAGCCCGCCCGCGCCCGUCCCGCCCUCCUUCUCCUCCCUCGCCGCCCCGCCAGAGGACGCAGAGCCGCGCACCCCCGCUUACCCCGCCUACCCCGGCUCGCCCCCGCCCCCUCCACCGACUCCAUACUGGCAGGCGCCGCUCGCGCAGCAGACGGGGGCGGGCGCCGUGGGCCCGAGCGUCGAGAUCCGGCGCGAGCGCGGCGGGGUGCCGCCCACGCCCGGCCCGCGCGUGGGCGGGUUCGGGAUGGGCGCGGAGGGCCCGGGGGCGGGAGCUGGUGCGGGGGCGGCGGGCGAGCCGAUCGUCGUGUCUGUGGGGCUGCUCCCGAUGCCCGCGCGCGGGGACGCGGGGGGCCGGGGGGAGCCGGGGGGGAUAUACCCGCUUGACCAGUUCACGCUGGAUAUUUUUGUGUUCAACCAGUCGUCGUGGACGCGGCGGUUUGAGGUGAGCUGUCCGGAGGAGCGGCGGCGGCGGCGGCGGCGGCGAGGCGAGGGGAACGUGGGUCCGCCUGGGAUAUUGCCGCUGGAGAGCAGGGUGCGCGUUGGGCCGCUGCUGCCGUCGACUUGCCAGUCCGUGCGGAUGGACUUCUUGGCGCUCGCGCCUGGCGUGCACUCUGUCGACACGCUCACGCUGACGGAUGUCAGGACGGGGUUCACGAUGCAUUUGAAAUCCGUUAUGGACGUCGUAGUGCUUGAGCCCCCUCCCGAGGCGGCGUCGAAGUGA